GAAAAAUGUCCGAUUGAUACCUGACUCUUGUGUGUAAUUAACUAAGUAUUUUAACGAGAAUCCAUGCUGGUGUGGAAUGAAAGCGAAAAUAAGGUGCUAACUCUUUCUAAAUGAAUGUUUUUCCGACAGGAGAAAAAAAAAGAGGAAAAAAAGAAGAGACUAAAAACAAAAAACAAAACAAAACAAAACAAACAAACAAACAAACAAACAAACACAGAAAAAAGAAAAGGAGAAAAAAAGAAAGAAAAAACACAUUUGUAUAUGACGCAGGAUGUAAAAGAUUUAUACAAGCUUAAUGGUGAAUAUGGAGCGGAUGUCGGAUAAAGAAAAAAGAAGAAGAUAGAUCUAGAGAGAGGACAAAAAGAGGAUAGUCAGUUGCUAACAAGUUCAUAAGGUCAACCUACACAUCAUCAUCAUCUCCACCAUAAUCAUCAACAUGCCCGUUAAAAGCCGAGUCCACCUCGCCCACAAGUUCCGCCAGAACUGGGCGGCGAAACACCCAUACGAGCAACAAGGCCUUGACCUUGACGACAGCCUCACGAGCCUGGGCUGGCUGCAGAACCUGAACAUCAUGAACAUCUCGACCCCGACCCCACCGUCCAGCCCCGGGCUGCUCGACAACCGGCCCUUCAAGAACAUCAGCAACAACAACUGCAUGCUGAGUGGCAGUGGUGGUGGCGGUGGGAUCCAGUCACCCAUGGCGACCACCAUCAAGAUGGAGCCACGGACGUUCAACUACGUGGACAACUCGAUGUACAGCAACGCGGGCGAGUCGAUCGACUACAAGACGAACCCCUACGUGAAGCCCCCCUACUCCUACGCCACACUCAUCUGCAUGGCGAUGAAGGAGACAAAGAAGAACAAGAUCACGUUGUCGGCCAUCUACAACUGGAUCACGGAAAACUUCAUGUACUACAGGAUGGCAGACCCAAGCUGGCAGAAUUCAAUCCGUCACAAUCUGUCGCUCAACAAGUGUUUCGAGAAGGUUCCCCGCCGAAAGGACGAGCCCGGAAAGGGUGGAUUCUGGCGGAUCAACCCGGAAUUCAGCGACAUGAUCGAGAACGGGACGUUCAAGAAACGCCGCGGUAGCCGCGACACAGCCCCACUGCCCCCCACGAAGCGCCUGAAGAAAGACGAUGAUGAUGACAUCGCCAUCCUCAGCGGUAAUGUGCGGUCGCGCUACUCCGAUGACCAGUACGCCAACACCAACUACAACUACAUGUACUUCGGCGCCAACGAUGACGACGAUGAUUCUGCCCUGAAGGGCGACUUCAACUGGACGGCCAUCUUGAACCAGGACAUCGAGAUCGCUGGCGUCAAGAUCAAAACGGAACAGCUGCUCAAUGACGCCAGUGAUGAUGGCGGCAGUCUGAUUUCUUCUCUAGGGACUCCGUCAUCGGAUUCGAACUCGGACGAUCUGCGACUGGACGAUUUGUUGUCGCACGCCGAUUUCGGCGGCAGUGGUGGUGGCGACGAUAUCCCCGUGGACUAUACAAACAACAACCCUCUAGACCUCACGAUAAACGGACAUGGCAUAAAGCUGAACGAGUGGUGGGACGAGAACGUGAACAUGAACGAACACUACCAGGCGCUGACAGACAUUACGGGUGAACGGAACACCACGGGGGGGCUGCACACCCCCGUACACCCAUCCUCCGAUGAUGACAAUCUGUGGAUCGUGCACCAGCCCAGUGGGGACGAUGUAUCGAACGCGUUCGAUAUGGAGAACCUGUUUGAUAUCGAUAAUAUUCCAUCCCCACAUAUAUUAUGAGAAGAAGACGUGUGUUAAGAUUUUUAUCAACUCUAGGAUCAUUGAUUGUGGGUUUUUUUUUAAUUGAACAUUGAGUGUCAUUGAAAAAAACAACAACAACAAAAAACAAAACUGCUCAAAGUUAGGAUGGUCAGUAGGGAGUGGGACAGAGGAACAAAGGGGUGAGUUGUGUGAUACAGAACUCAUUUUGUGAUAUAUGUAGGGUGGGGAUGACCGGGGCAAAGCUGGUGUAAAAAACAUUAAUGUUCAAACAGUGAGUUGUAAAGCAGCAGAUGAUGUGCUAAGAGGUUGGUCUGUAGCACCCCUCAAAAUUAAAAUCAUCUUACGAUGACAAUUUAGUACAAGUAAUAACAAAGUAAAUACCUGAUAAUUAUAAAAAUGCUACUACAGAUCAAUUUUGCAAUAGCUUUGCUGGUUACCAUCACAAAUGUUUGGAUAUGAAUCAAUGGCAGCUAUGCCCCUGGGAUGGGGGGGGGGGGAGUAUAUUAUGCAAUAUACUCAAUAUUAAUAUCACCUGUGAUAUGGGUGGGUUGGGUGAAAUGAGUGUUGAGGGGGGUAUAUUCUGUGAUAUGGGUCAGUGGGUGUGGUAGGGCAUGGUCAGGCCUGAAGUCUUGAAAAGAUCACUUCAAUUGUUUGUUAUUAGGGGCCAGUUGUUCAAACCAUAGUUAGCUUAAUCAGUGAUUCAAAGAAAUUAUUUAAAACUGGAUAUUAAAUGACCAAAAAGAACAGUUGAAAAGAUAUGUUGAAACUCGUCUUUAAUAAGAGAGCAUAAAGGAAUCCACUCAUAAUUAAAUACAUUUUUUGCUGUAUUUAUAAAAAAAGAAAAAAAAAGAAGAAAGGAAAAAUACCAUUCUAUCUGAGGGUUGUCGUCUAACCAUGCUUUGAACAACGUGGUCCUGAUUGUUUAUUGGGGUGAAGUUUGGGUAUGGGGUAAGUGGUGUUUGGCACUUGAUGCUGAAAUCAUCCUGACAGUAUUUUUGGUGUUAUAUUUCUCAGCAUUCACAUCAGCAUUACAUUCCAACCCAAAGAUGUUGCAAACGGAAUCACUGAGCCAGUGUUUUGGUCACUAGUUACGAAGUUGUAGUAUUAUACGCGUAACAUGUUAUUUAUUGAAACAUUUGUUGACAUCAUUCAUUCAUUCAUCCAUUCAUGUGCGACUGACACUUUCAUCUGCAGUUAUAUUGCAGUAUUCAUUACACAUAUUAUGUUUACAAAACAAAGUCCGUCCAUUUGAGCAUAUAUCUAGUUUCAUAUUCAAAGUUUAUAGCAAAGUUCAUUGAAUAUAUGUGAACAUUUAAAUAAACUCCGUCCAUUUUAGCGUAAGUCUAGUUUUAUGUUAAAUGUUUAUAGCAGUGUUCAUUGAAUACAUGUGAACAUUUAGAUAAAAUCUGUCCAUUUAAGCAUGUAUAUAGCAGUGUUCAUUGAAUACAUGUAAACAUUUAGAUAACAAAAUCCGUCCACUUGUGCAUAAAUCUAGUUUUAUAUUAAAACUGUAUAGCAGAAUUUAUUGAACACAUGCACUGGAUGUUAAAACAAAAUCUGUUCAUUUGAGCUUAAAUCCAGUUUUAUAUUAAAGGUUUCUAGCAGUGUUCAUUACCUAUAUGUAAAUGUUUACAAACAAAAUCCGUCCAUAUGACCGCAUAUCUAGUUUUAUAUUCAAAGUGUAUAGUAGUGUGCAUUACAUAGAUGUUUAAAAAACAAAAAUCCGUCCGUUUUGAGAAAAUGUCAUAUCAGUAUUUACACAGUAUUUAUCGCAUAGACAUUUACAAAGUAGAAUCGUUCCGUUCUGCUGAAUGUCGUGUGCUUGUAUUCACCACGUAUAACAGUAUUCCUUGCCAAGAUGUUUACAAAGACAAAUCUUCCCGUUUCAGCGAAUGUCUUGAGUUUUUAAGUCAGCAUUUAUGCCAGUAUUCAUUACGUGGAUGUUUAUAAAGUGAAAAACUGUUAAAUUUUGACAAGUGUUAUGUUAUUUUUAUAUUAAGUUUUAUGGAGUAUUCAUUGCAUAGUCAAGUCUGGGUUUUUUCUGUGUAUUCAAUAUUUAUAGCAGUAUUCAUUAUAUAAAUGUUUACCAAACAAAGAUACAACAUUUUUAUUAAUUCAAUAUUUAUAGCAGUAUUCAUUUUACAAAUAUUUACAAAACAAAAAUACAUCAUUUUGAUAAAAAAAAAAUAUUUUCUAAAAAUUUAAUAUUUAUAGCAGUAUGCUUUAAACAAUCAUGUACAAAACGAAAUUCAGCUAUUUUAAUGCAUAUCCUUUCUUGAACAUUUACACACACAAAACAAAAUCUAUUUCAAAAAGUAGAAUUAUUAUUAUUAUUUUAUAAUAAAAUUUUAUAGGAGUAUUUAUUGUAUAAAUAUUAUAAAACAUUUUUUUUUUUUUUUUUUAUUACAAGUCCUUUGUUCAUUACAGUACAUACAAGUGGAUAUCCACCCAUUUAAAUACACACUCUUCCCCAUUUUGUAUUCAACCCUGUGGGUUAGCGAUGUUUGUUACUGUUGCAAGCCAUCCCAUUUGUUAUACGUUUUGCACUGAUGUUCCAUAUAUCUCAUUUCUAUUCUGCUCAAACGUUGUCUACGGUUAACUCUGUGCUUAACAACCAUCUAAGGAAGAAUACAUUUAAAAAAAAUUAUUUAAUGUUUUAUUGGCAGUUUCAGUACAUUAACAUUUUUGAUAUAUGCAAAAAAAAAAAAAACCCAUCAAAUAUUUAUUUUCUUAUACAUACAUGUAUAUUUAUUAAUUUUUUAAUUUUCUUUUUUGAAAUAAUAUUUAUUUAUCUCUUAUAUUUUAAAAGGAGGGGUGGAAUUUUUGCACACAUAUUACUUUAAAUAUAUCUGAAUAUUUAAAAUUUUGAUACAGUUUUUUUAAUAGGCUAAGUAUAUAGGUCUUGUUUUAAGAAAAAUCCUCUACAUUUUUACAGGUGGUUGCUUUGAUAUGUGUCCAUUAUACACAGGUUUGACUGGAUAACAAAGUUUAGCAAUGAAAUAAUGGAAUGUGGUACGUGCAUAUUCUGUUACAUUGACAUUCCGUCCAUUUGUAGUGUUCAUUACAUAUUUUUCAUAUCAUCCGUUUCAUGAUGAAUACCGUUUAUUGUUUUCGAGUAUCCACUGUGUGCGUGUGUGCUAUUCAUUUUAUUGUACAUAUGCUGAGAGAUAUAUAUUAUAUAUUGCCAUUGUGAUUGUAAAUAAGAACAUUUAUUUAUAUUGUAAAUAAUGAAUAUACAAUAGAAAUAUUGUUGACACAUA